AUGGCGACGCUCACUCAUCAGUCUCCAACGACCUAUUUCCUCUCUCGCCUUCCUAUAAGAGCUAAACCCAGAGCCUUCUCCUCAAGGGUCAAAAUGUCCCUUCAAGAAUCGGGGCCUUCUCUCGCCGUUGUCGGCGUUACCGGAGCCGUCGGACAAGAAUUCCUCUCGGUCUUAUCCGAUCGAGAUUUCCCUUACAGCUCCGUGAAGAUGCUGGCAUCGAAACGAUCCGCAGGGAAGCGCGUUGCCUUCGACGGACGGGAAUACACGGUGGAGGAGCUCACGGCGGAGAGUUUCGACGGCGUCGACAUAGCUUUGUUCAGCGCCGGUGGAUCCAUUAGCAAAGAGUUUGGGCCUCUCGCGGCGGAGAAAGGAACCAUCGUCGUUGACAAUAGCUCGGCGUUUAGAAUGGUUGAUGGAGUUCCGCUUGUGAUUCCGGAAGUGAAUCCAGAGGCUAUGAAAGGGAUUAAAGUAGGAAUGGGUAAAGGAGCAUUGAUUGCAAACCCUAAUUGCUCCACUAUUAUCUGCUUGAUGGCUGUUACUCCUCUUCAUCAUCACGCCAAGGUAAAGAGAAUGGUGGUUAGUACAUAUCAAGCAGCUAGUGGUGCAGGUGCUGCAGCUAUGGAAGAGCUUGUGCAGCAGACUCGUGAGGUUUUAGCUGGUAGACCUCCCACGUGUACCAUCUUCGGGCAGCAGUAUGCGUUCAACUUGUUUUCGCAUAAUGCUCCUAUUCUUGAGAAUGGUUACAACGAAGAGGAAAUGAAACUUGUGAAGGAGACAAGGAAGAUCUGGAAUGACACAGAAGUAAAAGUAACAGCGACAUGUAUACGUGUUCCAGUUAUGCGAGCUCAUGCAGAGAGUGUGAAUCUCCAGUUUGAGAAUCCCCUUGAUGAGAACACAGCAAGGGAGCUCCUGAAGAAAGCACCUGGAGUUUAUAUAAUAGACAACCGUUCUUCUAACACUUUCCCUACGCCACUCGAUGUCUCCAACAAAGACGAUGUCGCGGUCGGUAGGAUCAGGCGAGACGUGUCUCAAGAUGGCAAUUACGGACUGGACAUAUUCGUCUGCGGAGAUCAAAUACGCAAAGGAGCUGCCCUAAAUGCUGUUCAGAUCGCUGAGAUGCUUCUCUGA